GCAGAAGGAUGGACCCUUAACUCUGCUGGAAGGACGGAAGGAAGGAACAGUCAUCCUGCGAGCGCAAACGAGAGAGACCGAGCAGAAGCGAAACGCCUGUGCGCAACAAACAACCCCGUGGCUGCGGCAGCGGAGGAGAGCUGGGUCUCCAAAAUAACUGGCCGUCCGCCUCAAAUGAUCUCAAAGCGACAAGUUUCACUUUCCACAGGCGGAUGGGUGACUUUCCACGGCGCUUUGUGAGGAGGAGAUGAUGAAGAAUUUCAGCAGCAGUCCCCUUCACAGCAACAGCCAGACUCCCAAUCACAUCAGAGAGCGAAACAACAGAAAGUAUAGCUUACUCUCUACCAUACCGCUGCGAUUUUCCCUGCGAGGCUAUGGUUUCUGCAUGGCUACGCUGUUCCUCUUCUGUUUCGGCUCCCUAUUUUACCAGCUGAACGGAGGACCCCCUAAAAUCCUGCUGGACAUCCGACAGUAUCUCGGUGAAUCCACAUAUCUGGAUGACCACGGACCCCCUGCUCCAAGAGUGCUCCCGUUCCCCAGCCAGGUGGUUUAUAACCGCGUGGGGAAGUGUGGCAGCCGGACAGUGGUCAUCUUACUGAGGUUACUGGCUGAGAAACACCAGUUCAACUUGGUCUCCUCUGACAUCCACAAUAAAACACGCCUCACAAAACAUGAACAGGUGGAUCUCAUGAAGAACAUCAGUAAUAUCCCUCAGCCAUUCCUCUAUACACGGCAUGUUCACUUCCUCAACUUUACCAGGUUCAGGAUAGAGCAGCCGGUCUAUAUCAACAUAAUCCGGGAUCCAAUCAACCGGUUCCUCUCCAACUACUUCUUCCGUCGCUUUGGUGACUGGAGGGGCGAGCAGAACCACCUCAUCCGCACUCCGGGGAUGAAGGAUGAUGAGAGAUACCUGGAUAUCAACGUGUGCAUUCUAGAGAAUUACCCCGAGUGCUCCAAUCCCAGAGUUUUCUACAUCAUUCCCUACUUCUGCGGACAGCAUCCUCAAUGCAGAGAGCCAGGAGUAUGGGCUUUGGAGAGGGCCAAGCAGAAUGUGCUGGAGAACUACCUCCUCGUGGGAAUCCUGGAGGAGCUGGAGGAUGUUCUGCUCCUGUUGGAGAGGCUCUUACCUCAUUACUUUACUGGAGUACUCAACAUUUACAAGAGCCCGGACUACAGAAAGAUGGGGAACAUGACAGGCACAGUGCGCAAACACACACCCACUCUGGAGGCCCUGCAGGUGCUUUACCACCGCAUGCGCUACGAGUAUGAGUUCUACAACUUCAUCCGUGACCAGUUCCAUCUGACGAAGAAAAAAAUUGGCCUCAAGUCUGUCUCCCAACCCCCUGCUUAUUCACCUGCUUUCCUACGGGAGCUGGCCCUCCGAACCCCAGAGCCUCUGGAUGAAGAUGAGGAGCUGGACACAGACCUGGAGGAUGCCAACAGCUGGCUGGUCCAUCCCUAAGGGCUCUUUGAUGAACAGUGGAUACAGCCAAAAAAGGCUGAUUGGCUAGAAUUGGCUGGAGAUAGCUGGAGGCAGCCUGAAGGCAAAGGGGAGCGUUCCCCGUCUUUCGGCAAUCCCAAGAAAAGUGAGGUGUGUUUAGGGGUGUGCGGAUCCUGACGCUCGUGUUUUUCCGAGCUCUGUUUUCCAUCUGCAAUAGACUCCUAUCACGGCAGGCUCAGCACUGAGGACUAUAGGGUUGAGUUAUUGGAAGGACAAAAUGCUCUAUUUAAAAAUUGACCAAGGACAAUGGGAAAUAAUUUUAAGCUCAUUUUGCUUGACUCAAAUUUUGUUUUAAUUUGAGCUUGUUUUGGGUUUAAUUAUGUAAAAAUAAACAAAAAUCUAUCAUAGCUAUAAUCUCCAGGAGAGAUUAGCGCAAGAUGUGGACAGCUAAAUGUGUUGGGAAAUAUUCUAUAUGUUGGUCGCUUGGAUGUUUACUGUAUGAGUGGACUUCAGAGACAUUGCCCAAAAGAGAGGAUGCUAUUUUAUGAAAGGAUUAAUGUCCUAAAAGCUGGAAUGGAAAUGAUAUCCACAAAUAAAAAAAAGUGCCAAAAGUCUUGUAUGUAUAUUAGUCGUCCAGGACUGUUGUAAGUGCCAAACCUCGCUAAGAGUUCCAGUAACUGUGUGAGAGGAACCUCUGUGCACAGCUGGUGCAGUUGUGGGACAUAGUCAAGUCAGUCGUUAUAGUAUUGGUUUAUAACAUUUUUUUUUUCAUUUGUCAGAUAUUCUUAGGUAUAAAUGAGGGUUAAACAGUAAGCACUCAAUUAUGAAUUCAAAGAAUUCCAACUAUGUGUGCAUGAAUGAUUGAGUUUGACCAAACCAGCAGCAUAUUUUAGGAUAGAUUUAUUACUUGGAACAGGUCAUUAGUUGAGAAUAUAGGCUAAUAUAACAGUAAAAAGCAUUUAUGGAGCGUAAUUAGUUUAAUCCAAAGUUUAAAAGAUUGAGCUUGCCAAAUACCAGUGUUUCUACUGCGAUGCAUUACAAAACUGUAUGAGUAUAGAGCACUUUUUUCUGAGGUGACUUUUACUGAAAAUUCUGCAGCAAAAUGAGGGAUUUGGUCACAAAACUGGGAACUAAUUUGCCUUCAAUUUCAAAUAGAUUACGUUACUGUUCAAGCGUUCAUUUUGGUCUGUUUUCUCUCUCAGAAUAAUAUCAUGAAAGUGUGUGAAGUGUUACCAAUUCCAGCUAACUCUAAUUUCUAAUUCUCUAGCAGCUAUUCAGAGUGCAUGUUUUUCAUCACUCAUGUUGAAAAAAAAAGAGAAAAAAAAAAUCGUGCAGAGAAUGGUAACCAUAAGCUAAUAUGUGCCUGUCGUCUACGUAUUUCACUCUACCAUCCUAAUCUCCAUUGUCUGUACCUAUUCAUUGUCCUGGUUUGUGUUCAGUGUUUCCUUUUUUGCCAAUUUUAAUUUAUUAUUUUGUAUUCAUUUGCAUUCCAGAUAAGAUUCUCAGGAAGGAAAAAAAAAAUGUUUCAUAACUUGAUGAUUUGUACAUUUGGUUUCCGACGGCUAUGAACUUACUCUUGGCAUUUUGAAGGUGUCUGGAAUGGGUUUAUAUCAACAGCUGAAACCUGGUUAACAACAACUAAUGCAGUCCAUCAUUUUACAGCCUUCAAAAUAAAUGUCCUCUAACUA